UAAAAAUAAAAUAAAUCAUUUUACCGGUAUAUCCCCUAAUUAUUUUCAUUAAAACACGUGGAACAUGUUUUCAUUAUUUUCCCAAUUAAUUUUAUUUUCCUGGGUAAUUUUUAACGUUGGUGGAAUAUCCAUAGAGGAUGCCCGGAGAAAGUUUGGCCAGAAUCCUUGUAUUAAAGGUUACAUAAUUACAAAAGAAAAAAAUUCAAACAUUUUUACAAACGAUAAUAGUGGUACUAACCAAGUAUAUCACUCUUUAGUUGAUGUCAUUUCAGAUAAAGAAGCAAAGUCUGUUUUAUCAAAAUUACAUGAAUUAGCUGACUUUAAUAAUCUUGAAUACAAAUAUACGUUAACUAAAGAAGAAGGUCUUCCGCAUGAUAAAACUUUUACUGUAACUUUAACGCUUGGUGAAGAAAAAUAUGAGGGUGUUGGCAAAAGUUUAAAGGACGCACAAAGACAUGCUGCCUCCAAAGCUUUGCAAAACACUAUUUUGCAACAGCCGAAAAGCGAAAAAGAAACAGAUCCUUUAACACCCACAGUUUUACUAAAUAAUGUGGGCACAAAACUCGGCAUUGCUAUUAAUUAUGAAUUCGUACCUUUGAUUCCAGAUUCUAGCGUAAAAGAGAACUUGAAAUCAAAAAAAUCUUAUUCUCAGUUGUUAAAUGACAGUAUCAAUGAUCAAGCCCACGUUAAACAACCGGAAAUUGAUGAAACAAAAGGGCCGUUUAAUGUAAAAGUAACGGUAGGUAAUGACGAGUAUUAUGGGUCAGGAUAUUCAAAGCAGGAGGCUAAACAUAAAGCUGCAACCAAUGCGCUUAUUGGUUUAAAGAAUUCUAUCCAUCAGACACCUUGCUUUUUGGAUUCAACGAGUGCUGCGUGCAAAAAUUUUAAGGAGUCUCAAAAACAUCCAGUCUCUCAAGUCCAUGAGGCAGCUCAGAUCAGAAAUAUGGAUGUGUCUUUUGAGGUGACUGAAGAGACUGGAAAAUCUCACCAGAAAGAAUUCACGAUUCAGUGCACUUUAGGGAAGUUUCUUACACUUGGUAAUGGUAAAUCAAAAAGGGAGGCUAAAAAAGAUGCAGCAGAAAAGAUGUUAGCAAAUUUGCCUCAUUUACCCGAGAUUUCUUUGGAGAAAGAAUUUAAUUCGUUAAACAAGAAGGGCAAAAAGAAGAAAAAGAGGAAGAACAAAAUUGGAAGGACUACCGAGGAGACUUCUUUGUUUGGCGAUAUUAUUAAUACAAUAUUUGGAGAAGAAGCGUUGAUGCCUGAUGAAAAUGAGAUAAAGAGUGAACCAAAUAAUAAUCAACAAAGGCAUACUGGAAAGGAUACACAUAGUUCAAGUAAAAGUAAUCAGAAAUCAAAUAAUGGCAACGAACAAAGUUUAAAGACAGCGCAAAGUCAUUUACUCGAGCUGUCGAAUAAAAAGAAAUUUGAGAUAAACUUCUAUGAUUUGGGCGAAAAGGAUGGUAGUUCCUUCUCCUUAUUGUCUCUUGAAAUUAAUCCAACUCAUUUAUGUUUGGGAGAAGGAAUUAAUUCUAAAUCAUCUAGGGAGAUGGCAUCUAAAUUUGGAUUAAGAUUAUUGUACAAAUUAGGAUUUGUUGAAGACUUCAAAGUAUUACCAUAUCUUGAAGAGGAAGGCGAGUGUCCUUUCGAAAGUACCAGCGUAGUUGUAGAUGUUGAUUCUGUAAAAUCGAAAUAAUAUACAUUUUUUUAUAAUUAAUUAGUGAAUAAGUUAAUUUUACUGUGUGUUUUAAAAAUAAAUGUUAAUUUUUGUAA